CUCUUCGAAAUAUGUGCCGGCCGACCUUUUGCGACAACUCCAACCUCUACUAACGUAACAGCGUCACGAGCCCCCAUCCAAAAUGACAAAGGGUACCUCCAGUUUCGGAAAGCGUCACAACAAGACGCACACGCUGUGCAGGCGUUGCGGUCGUCGCUCCCUCCACAUCCAGAAGCACACCUGCUCUUCUUGCGGCUACCCUGCUGCCAAGACCAGGAAGUUCAACUGGGGCGAGAAGGCUAAGCGCAGGAAGACCACCGGUUCCGGCCGCAUGCGUUACCUCAAGACCGUCAACCGCAAGUUCUCCAACGGUUUCCGCACUGGCGCCGCCCCCGGCUCCAAGGGCCCUUCCACCUCGUAAAUUGCUCGUAGAUCGACGGGGUGAAUAAGGUGUUGGCGGCGUGAUGAAGUCCACCAGGGCAGGCGCACGAUAAAGUAGGGGUUCAGCAAAAUGGUAUUGCACGGCAUGGGGCGUUCUGUCCUCCCUCCCGGCUGCCUGAUACCCAAAUGAAAUGAAUGAGGGUUAUACCAGGCAUGAACGGAAAAUUUCAUCAUGUUCAGUCACGAAUGAAAGCAUCAAUCAAGCAACCGCUGUGCCACGGUUCCUUUAAGAAAUUGUUCACCAUGCCGAGAAUGAUGGAAGGCCAUGUUGAUGUGCGGCGUCUACAUACUUACAUC